UCCUGUCAGUCAGUAGUUUUUCGGGCAUUCAUGUAUAUGCGAGUUUCUCUGUUUUUGGUACGAAAAUUAAUUUACUAUUAAUGUAUCGGUGUGCAAUAGGCAUGUAAAAAAUGACCGCGUAACAAUAUAUUUAUUGUUGGAUUAGGUGCGUGAUUAGUGGUGCAAAUAAAUCCCCGUGCGCGCCCGUAAGUGUGUGCGUGUGAUCAAAGUACGCGUUUGCUCAGGAUGGAUGUGUCGGGUCCCCUUGUCGUUAGCGUUGGAAAAACGUUUGUGCUAUACAAUUACUGUCGUUGUUAGUCCAACGUACCGUUUAUGUAUGUUUCAGCCACAGAUCAAAGUGGGUUCAACAUGCAGCAGGUGCCAGUUUCAACUUACAACAGUGGAGUGCCGGCUGAUACUGUCAAUGCUAAGCCUGAAGGUGGAGAAGUACCACCUCCACGCAAUGAAUCAUAUAUUGAACCAGUAAAUGGCAUUGUUCAACCACCCAUUGUACCACCACCUAAUAGACCAGGUCGGCUUACAAACAAACUAAGUUUUAUUCAAAAAAAUGUGAUGAAAGCAAUUUGGAAGCAUCAGCAUGCUUGGCCAUUUCACCAGCCAGUUGAUGCCAUGAAAUUAAACUUACCAGAUUAUCAUAAAGUAAUUAAAUGUCCUAUGGAUUUGGGUACUAUUAAGAAACGUUUGGAAAAUUGUUAUUAUUGGAAUGCUGAUGAAUGUCUUCAAGAUUUUAAUACAUUAUUUAACAACUGCUAUACUUAUAAUAAACCUGGUGAAGAUGUUGUUGUCAUGGCACAAACAUUGGAAAAGCUACUUCUUACAAAGAUGGGACAAUUUGUACUAGAAGAAACAGUUGUUACAGUACAAAAACCAGCUACUAAAAAUCAUUCUAUUACACCAAAACCUCAUAGUCAAAUAUCACCAUUAGCUGUGACCCCAGGUUCAACAGCUUUAGGAACAACACCACAUUCUCAACACAAUUCAUUACCACAACAAAUAUUAGCACCAACAACUGGUGAUUAUGUUGCACAACCUGUGGGUACACCUCUAGGAGCUCAUUUAAUAUCAGGUGGAAAAUUAAAAAAAGGUGUUAAGAGAAAAGCAGAUCCUAGUCCUAUUAAUUCUAUAGAUUCUAUUUAUAAUGUUCCAAUGGCGUCAUCAACACCUGUACAACCUUUACAACCUACCAUUCGAAGAGAAUCUGGAAGGCAAAUUAAAAAACCUCGAGUACCCGAUGAUGGUAUUUUGUAUUCUCAAAACACUACUUUACCAUCUGGAUCAGGAUCUAUAUUAGAAGGAAAAACCAAAGAGAAGCCAACUGAAGCUUUAAAAGCAUGUACAGAAGUGCUUAAAGAACUCUUUACCAAAAAACAUGCGGCUUACGCAUGGCCGUUCUACAAGCCAGUUGAUGCAGCUUGGUUGGGUCUACAUGACUAUCAUGAUAUCAUUAAGAAACCCAUGGACUUGGGAACAGUGAAGACAAAAUUAGACAACAGAGAGUACAAAAAUUCAAAAGAAUUUGCAGCCGAUGUUAAUUUAAUUUUUGCUAACUGCUAUAAGUAUAACCCAAAAGAUCAUGAUGUGGUGGCUAUGGCAAAAAAACUUCAAGCAGUUUUUGAAUCUAAAAUGGCCAAAGUACCUCCAGAUCCUCCUUUAAUAGAAAUGAAAAUGGAACAUGAGGAUGAUAGUAGUUCUGAAGGUAGUUCGGGUUCAUCAAGUGAUUCAGAUGAUUCUGAAGAUUUAGAAAACACUCGAAAAAUUCAAGAAUUUCAAAAUCAAUUAAAAGCACUGCAAGAGCAAAUGAAACAAUUGGUUGAAGAAAGUGCCAGAAAGAAAAAACAAAAAAAGAAAAAUAGUCUGAAUAAUUCAAAGAAGAAAAAACAUAUUUCUAAUGACAAAAUAGCUGUUAAUGCAACCAAACCACCAUUAGCAGUGUCUCUUAAUAGUACACCUAUGAAUGUAAUGAAUAACUCUAAUCUUAGUAAUGAUAUUAAAAUGCAACCUAUGGACCCAUUAAUGAAUUCAAAAAUGGGAGCACAGCAAAUCCGUCCUCCAAUAACAAAUACUUCAGUUGGUCAACCUACCAAAACUGGUAAAGGUAAAGGUCCAGGCGUGAGAGGUCCAGCUAAAACACCUGCACAACCUAAACGUCCUAGAGUUAAUUCAAAAACAACUAACCCUAAGAAAAAGAAUUCUGUCAGUACUCCAGCAUUUGACUCUGAAGAUGAAGAUAAUGCUAAACCAAUGUCUUACGAUGAAAAACGCCAAUUGAGCUUAGAUAUUAACAAGUUACCUGGAGAUAAACUUGGUCGAGUAGUUCACAUUAUUCAAUCUCGCGAACCAUCAUUAAGAGAUUCUAACCCAGAUGAAAUAGAAAUAGAUUUUGAAACCUUAAAACCAUCAACACUUAGAGAAUUAGAAUCCUAUGUGGCAUCAUGUUUAAGAAAAAAACCACGUAAGACUUACAAUAAAAAGGUUUCUGGAAAAGCUAAAGAAGAUGUCAGUGAAAAAAAACAUGAAAUUGAUAAGCGAUUAGAUGUUAGUGGACAGUUAUCAAGUAAAAAAGGAAAAAAAGAUGCAAAAGCUACAGAAAUUAGUGGCAGUGGACCUUCACGCUUGUCAGCAUCUAGUUCUAGUAGUUCAGAUUCAGAUUCAAGUUCUUCCAGUUAUUCUACUUCAUCUAGUGAUUCAAGUGAUUCUGAGCAUGGUGUCACCAAGCAAAAAAAGAAGAAACGUUUGUCCGACGAUGUGUCGAUAAACAAACCAGCUGACAACCAAAAAUCGACCAACAUAAUGAAACAAACUGGUUCAACUUCAGUACCUGUCAAUUCUAUCAACAAACCACCUGUCAGUGUUCAGACGAAUAGUUCUUCCAAAAAAACAUCUGUUACAAAUGCAAUAGCUGUAAAUACAGCUAAACCGAAUCAAUCUCUUGUAACUAAGCAAUCAUCUGGUAUAUCAAUGACUUCAAAUCUUCCCACUACAAAUGGAAAUAUAUCUAAUGGAGACUCAAGUAGCACGAAAAUAACUCAAGAUAUUACUUCUAAUGGUCAUGUUUCUCAAUCAUUGAAGGUUGAAGUUAAAACAGAACCAGAUGUUCCAGUUAGUAGUAAUUCACAGCCAAUAGUACCAUUAAGUAGUGUUCAUAAUGAUAAUGCAGUGCUUUCAAAUAUGGCAUCUGUUUUUGAUCCAUUAACACCUCCAAGAAGUCAGCCAACAAAUAACAAUUCUUUGCGUGUGCCAGAUAAACAAGCAGGCCACAUACCUUCAACCAACUUGCAUAACACUUUGGAUGGAAUCACAGGUCAGCUUGUUGAUAUAACACCUGUCAUGAACUCUGUUGCUGCUAUUCAUCAUACUACAACAUCAUCUAUAAUGGGUCAUUCUAAUAUUGAAAAUAAGGCUCGACCAUCGCCAGUUACUCCAGUUAUGCAAAAUACAAAUCAAAUGUUUCCACAGUUCAAUUUAGAUUCCUCCCCUCACGUUCCAGGCUCCAUUAUGGGACCAUUACGUCAUCAUCAUCUGCACUCUCUCCCUGUCCCGUGGGACCCAAACAUUGGGCAUUCUUAUGAAACAACUGAUCUAAAUGAUCAGAGAGCUCUAAAUGCUACCAGUGUAUGGAGUUCAUUAGCUCAACAAACUGCACCAGAAGCUAAUAAUCAGGCUACUGCAGCUACAAUUAAACCAUCAACUGCAGAUUCAUUUCAACAAUUUAAAAAGCAAGCAAAAGAAAAUGCGAAAAAACAACGAGCUUUAAUUGAGCAACAAGAAAUGAGACGUCAUCAAAAAGAACAGGCAGAAAAAGAACGGAUUCGCAUUGAAAAUGAAAAAAGGAGAGAAAAAGAAGAAGAAGAAGCUUUAGAAAAAGCCAGAAAAAUUGUUGCUGAACAACAAUCAUCCCGUUUGGAUGAAGUUAAAACAACUAGCAAUACUGAUGAUAGUUCGAGUCCCAGUCAGGACAGAGGAGCUGAGGGGCGAGAAAGACAAAGAUUAAAAGAGCAAGAAAGGAGACGCCGAGAAGCUAUGGUAAAUCAGAUUGACAUGAAUCGUCAAAGUGAUUUAAUGGCUGCAUUUGAACAAACUUUAGCACCAUAAUUCUACAAUUAUGUUGAAUCCCUUUCAAAAUGCUAAAUCAUACUCUUCAGACCAUCUGUCCGUUCAUCCUAUGUAUCUAGUUUAUGUAAAUUUUUGUAAAUAGAAAAAUUGUGUGCCUUUCGUGUAAAUAAUUCA